UUUGCAACAAUUGAACGCGGCUACGAAGAAGAUAAUGCAGUGACUUUGACAAUGCGCCGUAUCGGUCGAGUCAGUUUCAGUCGGGAUUUACCCGUUAGAACGAUGAUCAGAAGCUGGACACUACUUGAUCCAGGUCAUCUUGAAGCACGUCUUUUCAUGGGUACAGUAACGCAUCAUCUCAUGGAGCACACGUCUGUUGUUUACGAGAGGAUAUAUCCUUAA